AUGAGAAAGUUUUGGCAUAUUCGACGAAUUCAUACAGUUUCAAAUCAACUUCAACCUAUAAUCCGUAGGCAAUAUAAAAAACUCCCUGAUCCAAUUUACCAACCUCCUCCUGAUAACUCUAUAUUAGAAACUGAAGAAAAACCUAAGGAAAUUUAA